GGGCCACUUGGGAGGAGCCGUUUUCUUUUUGGCAUAUGUCCCUUGGUGUGCCAUGGCUGCGGCCGGGUCACGUGGCCUGUCCGCGAGGUGGGCACGAGCAGCGCGAUCGUCGCGCAGGACUGGGACGAGCUGUCAGGGCAGAGGUCUCGCUGGCAUGCUGCGCAGCUGUGGCCGGAGGGAUCUGCUUGGGGGCCCUGGCAUCGAUCCCUGGCUCGCAGUCCCACAAAUGGGUCCGGAAAAUGCUACAGGCCGAGGCACUCAAAUGGAGACGCUGGAGGAGGUGCUCCGAGACCUGACCAAGCCGGAAGAGGCCACCUUGCAGCUGCAAAAGCUCAAGCGCUUUCGGCGUCUGGCGCCGCAGGAUGCCGCCAGGGUAGCGGAUGCCUUGGACGUGCUCCUCUCUGAGGCCGACCUGAAUCCGCCCGACUGCGUGUCAGCCAUGAUCUCGGCGGCCAACGCACAAGCAGCACAGAGGCGGGCAGCUUCCAAAGAGCGACUUCAAAGAGUUCAAGACGCUCUGGAGCGGAGCUUUGAGAAGGGGCGGCCGGCGCCGGAGGAGCUCUCCUAUGGAAGCUGGGCUUUGGUGAAGCUGGGCGACCGCGGUUCUUCGGCGCUGCGGGGCCUGCUGCAGAGGUGCGAGCAGCUCGAGGAGUUCCAGGCAGCGCAGCUCUCGCGUCUCGCCUGGUCUUUGGUCACUGCGCGGCUUCGUGAGGAGCCGUUGCCACUCCUGCAGCGUAUGGCCGAAAGGGCGCGGAGCUGUCAUCUGCACCCGCAUUCGGGCCUAGCAAUGCUGGCCUGGUCUUUUGCGAAGCUGCAGGUCAAGGACGAGGAGAUGAUGCAGGCGGUGGGUCGCAGCUCUGCUCUUCAUGCCGGCUACUUCAAGCCCAAAGAGUUGGCGAACGUCAGCUGGGCCUUUGCCAUGUGGAGCACCACCAGCCCCGCGCUGGAAGCCGUUGCUCAACAAGCGGUGCAGGUAGUGGAGGAGUUCAAAAACCAAGAGCUGACGAUGCUGCUGUGGUCCUUCGCGCGCCUCGACGCCGCGCCGGCGAACCUCAUCUCCGCGGCGGCGCGGGAGGUGGCGGCGCGGGACCUCAACGCGCAGCACCUGGCGAACAGCGCCUGGGCCUUCGCUCGGCUGAUGGCCGCCGAGCUGGCGAGAGACUUGGCGCUGAAAGCCCAGCGCCGCGCGCACGAGCUGAAGGCACAGGAGCUGUCGAGCCUGCUGUGGGCGCUGGCGAAGGUCAGGGCGGAUUCGGCGCUGGGGUCGCGGAUGGCGCAGCAAGCGGCGGAGAAAAACCUCGGCCCGCAGGAGCUCGUCAACCUGCUAUGGUCUGCUGCGAGCAUGGUGCUGCAUGACGAGCAGGUGCUGCAUGGCUUGACCUCGCAGCUGACGGAUUUGGACGCCUUCGGCAUCCAGGACUUGGCCAACGGCGCCUGGGCCCUUGCCAAGCUGCAGCAGGAGGACCCGGCGGUCUUCGCCGCGAUCGCGCGAAGGCUCAACGGGCGUUGCCAGGAGGCGACUUCGCAGCAGUUGGCGAACUUGGCCUGGGCCUUUGCCACAGUAGCCUUUGCUCAAGGGGCGCAGGCGGUGGGCGCCCACGCGGCGAGGCGCCUGGCCGAGUUCAGCAGCCAGGGCCUGGCCAACGUGACCUGGGCCAUGGCCGCGGUUCGGGCAUUAAACUUCUUUGAGGCGGUGGGGGACAAGUUGAUGUCCACCAAUCUCGAGCAUCUCUGCCAAAGUCCGCAGACCACGCUCGUGAACUGGGCGGUAGACACCCAGGCAAUUCUGCGGUCCUUCAGGGACGCGGCCUUCCCCCACCGCUGCCUGGGCUGGGCAGCUUCGGCGCUGCAGCGGGUCGGCGCCGAGCUGGACCGACGCGGCCGACUGGUGGCGGUGGAGGAGGGGUCCUCUCCGGUGAGGCCGCCUGCCAGCGCGGAGUCCCCUCGCGUGCUGCUGGAUGGGGAGAGCCACUGCGUGCUGCUGAAGCCAUCAGGCUGGCAAGUGGAUACGGAAGGCGAUGAGGAGGACUAUGUUGCCAGGCACCAUGCUGCACGCGAGAUGCUCUCGCAGUACAUGGCCUACCGCUACUCGGUGACGAAGCAUCCCAUCCUGGAGGACGUGCGCUGCAAGAAGGGCUUCCUCCACCGCUUGGACGUGCCGAGCUCCGGGCUGAUCCUCUCCGCGAAGACGUACAGUGCCUACCUUGACCUGCUGGGCCAGCUUGGCAGCGGGCGGUUGGCCCGGGACUACUUGGUGCUUCUCCACGGGCUCGCGGUGCGCCGGGAGAUCUGGGCGCCGCUCGCGAAGGAGGCGCUGCGCAGCUGGGGCGCCAAGAGCGCCGUGCGCGCCACAGGUAGGCCUGCAACUAGCCACUUGAAGAUCUCGGGCCAUGCGAGGGCGCCCUUGGGCCGCGCGGUGUCCAUGGCGGCGGUGCGCAUUGGCACGGGGCGGCGGCAUCAGAUCCGCGUGCACGCGGCGCACGUGGGGCACCCCACGGUCUCCGAUGCGAGGUACACCGCAGAGCCGACCUUUGCAGCCGAUGUCGCCUGGUGCCAGCGGAACUUCCUGCAUCGCUACAGCCUGCGCUUUCGUGUGGACGGCGUGGAAAGUUGGGCUUGCUGCGAGCUGCCGGAGGACCUCCGCGAAGCUCUGUGGCAGCUGCGGCCGUUGCGGCGGUCUUCUGCCGAUUCCUUGGACCUGUGGCAGGGCGAGCUGCCCCGCUGGGAAGAGAUGCCGGCUUGGCCACAGCCGCUCUUCCCGCAGGAGGCGCCGGCCUUCCUGUGCGACUGCAGCUGGCGGGACAACUGGUUCCUCCAUUUGGCAGAGGAUGCCGAAGAGAUCCUCAGAGAGCCGGAGGUCGACUUCGCUGCGCCGAGCGCCGCAGGCAACCAGAGCCGCAGCCGGCCUUGGCAGAUGCUGCAAGACCUGGUGCAGCAGGGACUCUGCAGCCGCGAUGCUGGAUGGGUGAAGAUCAGCGGAAAGGCCUACCGCUUCAACCCCUUCUGGAUCACCGAGGGGCACAUUGCCCUCCGUGAGGGGAUCUUCGAGGCCCUCUGCGUGCCGGGGCUCAUCGUCUCGGACUUGCUCUGCUCUUUGCACUUCGCCUUGGAGGCGCGCGUGCUGCCGGCUGCGCGCUUCGCGCGGCGCCUGCGCUGGAUGUUGCCCUGGGUGAGACACUGCUUGGGGCCACCGUGGCCUUUGCAUCCUCAGCGCCUGGAGGCCUUUGCUGAUCGUUGGGCAGCCUUUGAGGUGGCGUUUUGGGUGGACAAGGCUGACGUGGAGGUCCCCCACUUCCGGGACCUUGGCCGGUCCGUGGACCGCGGUGAUUUGGCCGAGCCCUUGCGCCGAUGCUGGCCAAUGAGCUUGGCAGGUGCCUGCUGGCCAAGCAGGACCAGCUCCCUGGGCGCCAGCUGCAUCAUGUGCUGCGACCCCCGCUUCCCGCGGGGCAACCCCACUUGCUUCAAUGGCGUCUUCACCUUUGAGGCGUGUUGCCUUCCGGAGGACCUGCAGCAGGGCUGGCCUCCGGAACCCGAGCCCGUGCGCACCCUCACGUCGGAGGGGGCCAUGGAGCUGCGGGAGCUUCGGGACGAGCUCCGGUCCCAGGAUGCAGCUGCAGCCAUUCCAGACGCUGGAGGCCUGGCCGAGCUGACAGCCUGGCUGGCACGGCGCGACAAAAGUCCGCAGUUGCGCCUCUUCCCGGACUUGGACUUGCUGGUGGCGACCAACGCCUGCGUGGGCCGCGAGACGGAGGUGCCGUGGUUCUUCCCCUCGCCCUACGGCCCCUCGGGGCUGGAGCUGGCGGCCUCCGCCGGGGCGCUCUGCGGCACGGGCCUGCCGGUGACGGAGCUGGUCUCCGUGCCCAAGAAGCGCGUGCUCGUGCCGCAGCAGCGCCCAAGCCGGGGUUUCCACAAGCUCGAGCCAUACGGCCUCGAGCUGAUGGAGCCCUGCCGCGCAUCUCCAGGCUGCUGCCAGCUGCCACCCUGCAGCUCCUGCUGCGGGGAAGUGGAGUGGCGCGGGCUCGGCAUCCUCACAGGGGAGCUGCGGACCAACAUCGCACACUUCGCCCGCGAUGCCCUGUGGCUUCACAGCCUCAGCAACGAAAGCUUGCGCGCGCUGGGUGCUGGCCAAUUGAAAGCCGAGCGGGUCUUGACAAAGCACGCAGCCACCGAGUGCGUGGAGAAUGGCGCGUGCGUCAGGACCGACCGCCAGGUGAUCUUCGAAAUGGAAAAGUUCCUGGAGGAGGUCGCACUGGAGGGCUGCAGCCUGCCGACCUUUGACGCAGGAGAUCCAGCGAUGGAUCACACGGUGUGCUUUGAGGUGCUGGCCCAGCGCUGGCGGCCCUGGGCCGGGGACGCGGUGCAGGUGCAGGCGUUCCGCACUAAAGCCUUGCAGCAUUGCAGGAUCAAGGAUCAGGGCAUGCAGAAGAAGAUUGUCCUGCUGCAGAGGGAUGCUGCGACUCGACGCUGGAAGGACGAGGAGAAGCUCAUCGAGCACCUGAAGGCGGCGGCGAUGUCCUGGGACGCCUCCUUGGUCUUGGCGAACCUGGGCCGCCUGGAGCCCUGCCGGCAGGUGGAGGCGUUGCAUGAUGCCAUGGCCAUAGUGGCCAUCCACGGCGCUGAUCUCACCAACAUGAUCUUCCUGCCAGCAAAAGCAGCGGUGCUGGAAGUGGCCCUGGAGUGCGAGCUGGAGGGCGGCAGUGUGGACUCCCCGUUCUGGCGAGGACCAGGCACGCUGAUGAACGGCUCCGUGCUGGCGCGUGCACGCAAAAUCUGGCGGGAGCAGCAGCGGCAGCAGUUAUGCCCAGCCCCCGGAGCAGUGCUGAAGGAGCGGCUCCAAGGCUAUCCGAGCUCGCAGUUUGCAAAGCUCGCGCGGCAAGCGAACCUCCUGUACACCGCAGUAAUGGACUGCAGUGGUGCGGAGUGCCAGCGGCAGCAAGAGCCCGGCGAGUUUGACCGUGGCUGGUGCACCAGCGAUGCCAAGCGGAAGGACUUUGUGGAGGUGGACAUUGCCGGGCGGCUCAUCCCGACGCUUUGGGUCAUCUAUGAUGAGUACUUGCGCAAGCUGUUGCCAGAGCAGAGUUCAAAAUGA